CAACAUCUAAGACCAAACAUGACAAGCACCAACGAAUCCUCUAUUGAAACCCUAAAAUCCUCCAAUAUUGAAACCGUUGUGUUCAACAACCAUGGGGGAGACAUGACAAACUACUCAACCAUACCCAUAACCAUCUACAAACUCAAUGGCAUAAACUAUAUCCAAUGGUCUCAAUCCUUUAUGUUUCAUGUCCGCAUCAAGGAAAAAGAAGAUUAUCUAAUCGAAAAUAUCACUAAACCAGAUGAAAAAGAUGCUAAGUACAUGAUCCGUAAGAGAGAUAAUAGCUAG